AUGCCAUCGCAAAAUAAAGCAAAACAAGUUCCAGAGAAGGAAAGAUUUAUCCAAUGUUGUGCCGACAUAUCUCUCGACUUGGUGGCAUCAUUAAAAUCAUCAAAAGACAUCAACUUGAAUGGACUCAUCACUCGAUAUGCCAAAAAGCAUAAACUUAAAAGCCAACCAAGACUAACUGAUAUUAUAUCCUCGAUACCUGACCAGCAUAAGAAAUACCUCAUACCUAAAUUAAAAGCCAAGCCUGUGCGUACGGCAUCAGGUAUUGCUGUUGUCGCUGUCAUGUGUAAGCCCCAUAGGUGUCCUCAUAUCGCAUAUACAGGUAACAUCUGUGUUUAUUGUCCAGGUGGACCAGACUCCGAUUUCGAGUACUCGACACAAUCUUACACUGGUUAUGAACCUACUUCAAUGAGGGCAAUUAGAGCUAGGUAUGACCCUUAUGAACAAGCUAGAGGCAGAGUUGAUCAAUUGAGGCUGUUGGGCCAUUCAAUUGAUAAAGUGGAAUAUAUUAUCAUGGGAGGUACGUUCAUGUCAUUACCCAUUGAUUAUCGUGAGAGUUUUAUAACGCUGUUGCAUAAUGCUCUUACUGGGUUCAAUGGUAAAAACAUUGACGAAGCAAUUGAAUUUUCGCAGCAAUCACAGACUAAAUGUGUGGGAAUAACUAUUGAAACCAGACCCGAUUACUGUACUGAGACGCAUCUUAGUGAUAUGUUAAAAUAUGGAUGUACACGUUUGGAAAUUGGUGUACAAAGUGUCUACGAAGACGUCGCUAGAGAUACUAAUCGUGGACACACGGUCAAAGCUGUAUGCGAGACGUUCGCUGUAGCUAAAGAUGCUGGUUAUAAAGUUGUUAGUCAUAUGAUGCCCGAUUUACCCAACGUGGGCAUGGAGCGAGAUUUGGAACAGUUUAAAGAGUACUUUGAGAAUCCCGAUUUCAGAACUGAUGGGUUGAAAUUGUAUCCUACUUUGGUCAUCAGAGGCACAGGAUUAUAUGAGUUGUGGAAACAAGGGUUGUACAAGUCGUAUAAUGCCAAUGCAUUGAUUGAUUUAGUUGCCAGAAUACUAGCUUUGGUGCCACCUUGGACUCGUAUUUACCGUGUUCAAAGAGAUAUCCCCAUGCCCCUUGUCACUUCAGGAGUUGAGAAUGGUAAUUUGCGUGAAUUGGCCUUGGCAAGAAUGAAGGACUUUGGUACGUCUUGUCGUGAUGUGCGUACGCGUGAAGUCGGUAUCCAAGAAGUUCACCAUAAGGUUGUACCUGACCAAGUUGAAUUGAUCCGUCGUGACUAUUAUGCCAAUGGAGGUUGGGAAACGUUUUUAAGUUAUGAAGAUCCAAAACAGGAUAUUCUUAUUGGUUUGUUGCGUUUAAGAAAAGCCAGUAAGAAAUACACGUAUAGAAAGGAAUUUACGGGACAACAAACAUCAAUAGUGAGAGAGUUGCACGUUUAUGGAUCAGUUGUGCCAUUGCACUCUAGAGAUCCUAGGAAAUUCCAACAUCAAGGGUUUGGUACCUUGUUGAUGGAAGAGGCAGCUAGAAUAGCUAAAGAAGAACAUGGGUCACUGAAAAUCAGUGUUAUUUCGGGUGUUGGUGUAAGGAACUACUAUGGCAAAUUAGGAUAUGAAUUGGAUGGUCCAUUCAUGUCAAAGAUGCUCUAG